AUGCCGGUCAACAAUAAUCAAAUCUUCUUCAUCAAGCGUCGACCAUUGGUAUUCUACCUGUGUGAGCCAGGUGAAGGUAUCCGAUUUGCCAUAGAGCCUGAAGAAUCUAUUAUCAAUACUCGUCCUGACAUCUCGACUCAACCCAAUCUUUCAAAGAUCACCAAGAUUGAAGCUUAUGCCAUCCUAGCCAGAGAACUACACCGGUUCGCCCAUAAGCGUUCGACGGUGACAGUAGAAGAUAUCAAGGAGUUCAUCAAAGAUCUAGAUACCAAGCGGAACGAGAGAUGUUGGCGAAAGUUUUAUCGACGUGAACAUAGAGCUGUAGAUAGCUUAAUUAGAGGAAUGGCGAUUAAACCUACAUGGUUAGCAUGA